AUGCCCCGGAAACGCGCACUGGGUCCUCUUGACCAACGCAGGAAGGUCAUACGCUGCGAAGCUUGCGCAGCCCGGAAAACAAGGUGUGCAGGUGGAUAUCCCUGUGAAGCCUGCAUUCGCACAGGCAAGACUUGCCGAAAACAGAGCAGUGGCUUUUCAAAGGCAGUUUUCGUCUUGUACAAGGAGACCGAAGGGACUCUAAUGCCAGCGCAGGUGAUGGCAAAUAACGAGACUAUCUUCGUGGAUUGCUUCUUUGCCUUUCUAGGCCGCAAUCAUUUUGUCUAUCAUACAGAAGUAUUGAUCGAGGUGCUCCUGCCCUUAGUGAACAAGUCUACUCUGUUGAGCGCUGUAAUCAGCGCUAUAGGUGCUUUGGAUGCUUCACGUCAUGGUUCUUGCAGCACUUAUACCAAAAACGGAAAUCCUCGGGCUUUAGCGUAUAAGUCGUACGCCUCUUCGAUCGAGUCUUUAAAAACGGAAUUGCUGGGCUCGGAGGUCUCUCGACGGGACGACGUUCUUUGGGCGACGUUUUUCCUCGGAUUGUUUGAGCUUAUGGUCGAUUCAUCCGGAGAUGGCUGGGCGAAACAUAUGCUAUAUGGUACAUCUCAGCUUUUGCAGGCUGCGGGGCCUAAUCAAGCAAUUUCCCAUUCACGCAAGGCCUUCCUUGGCAUUUUUAAGAUAUUUGAAGCAAACCGAGCAAUCCUUUAUAGCGAAGAAACCAUUCUAUCUCGCCUUGACUGGACCUCAGCAUAUCAAAUGAACGCCCACAUACCUUUGCAUGAUUGGGACAGUCUAGGUCCAAUCUCAUCGAUAAUGGUCCAGAUAUCAACCUUUAAUAACCGAUUCUUUAAUUAUAUACCAAAAGUUGCAAGUUUUGACAUACGGGAUCCGAUCUUGGACCACCUCGGCUUCGAGGCCUUUGGAAUCCAGAGGGAUUUAUUCGAAUUGCAUGGCCAAAUCACAAACUCGAGUCUUGGAGACCCACGGAACUUGCAUUUCCGUCAAGCAUUGCCAUACUACCACGCCACGUUACUCUUUCUUUUUAACACGUUUGACUAUUAUGGCUGCUGGAAUCUAGAUUAUUCUCCCUACCUGUCCAGGGAUGACAUUGGCCAGCACGUGGACCAGAUUCUCCAUCAGGCUGGAAUUCUACUCAAUUCACAUGGUGAAUCUGGUAUACUAUUAAUCUUCCCACUUCGGGUUGCUGGGACACGUGCAGAGACUGAUGACCAGAGAUCUGCCGUUCUGGUACUGCUGGAUUGUAUCUUCAAACGUGGAUUUAUUGUCGUGAACAGAAUCAAAGACGAUCUCCAUCAAUUUUGGGAUUGGAAAGAUAGAUCAGGCACUUUUCCAGGAGGAUUAUAA